UUCAAGGCACAUUCAAUAGAUAGGAUGAAAAAAUUUAAGAGAAGGUUGUCCCUCACACUUCGAGGAAGCCAGACUAUUGAUGAAUCAUUGUCUGAGUUGGCUGAACAAAUGACUAUUGAAGAAAACAGCAGUAAGGAUAACGAGCCUAUUGUGAAGAAUGGCAGGCCACCAACCUCUCACAGUAUGCAUUCCUUCCUUCACCAGUACACAGGAUCCUUCAAGAAGCCCCCAUUACGGAGACCACAUAGCGUUAUUGGAGGAAGCCUUGGCUCCUUCAUGGCAAUGCCUAGAAAUGGAAGCAGAUUAGAUAUUGUUCAUGAAAAUUUAAAAAUGGGCUCAGAUGGUGAGAGUGACCAAGCUUCUGGGACAUCAUCUGAUGAAGUCCAGUCACCUACUGGUGUUUGUCUUAGAAAUCGUAUACAUAGACGGAUCUCAAUGGAGGAUUUAAAUAAGCGAUUAUCACUGCCUGCAGAUAUCAGAAUACCUGAUGGAUAUCUUGAGAAGUUACAGAUAAACAGUCCACCCUUUGAUCAACCAAUGAGCCGAAGGUCACGUCGAGCUUCCUUGUCAGAAAUUGGGUUUGGGAAAAUGGAAACCUACAUCAAAUUGGAAAAGCUUGGAGAGGGUACAUAUGCAACAGUAUAUAAAGGAAGAAGUAAGUUGACAGAGAAUUUGGUGGCAUUAAAAGAGAUCCGGUUGGAACAUGAAGAAGGUGCACCAUGCACAGCUAUAAGAGAAGUUUCACUAUUAAAGGAUCUAAAACAUGCAAACAUAGUAACCUUGCAUGACAUUGUUCACACAGAUAAAUCUUUGACCCUGGUCUUUGAGUACCUGGAUAAAGACCUAAAGCAGUAUAUGGAUGACUGUGGAAACAUCAUGAGUAUGCACAACGUAAAGCUCUUUUUGUACCAAAUUCUGCGUGGAUUAGCAUACUGUCACAGAAGAAAGGUGUUGCACCGAGACUUGAAACCACAGAACCUCCUCAUUAAUGAAAAAGGGGAAUUAAAGCUAGCAGAUUUUGGACUAGCCAGAGCCAAGUCAGUUCCCACAAAGACCUACUCAAAUGAAGUUGUCACACUGUGGUACCGGCCUCCUGAUGUGCUUCUUGGUUCCUCAGAAUACUCAACACAGAUUGACAUGUGGGGUGUUGGUUGCAUUUUCUUUGAAAUGGCUUCUGGAAGACCUCUGUUCCCAGGAUCCACUGUGGAAGAUGAACUACACUUAAUUUUUCGACUCCUAGGAACUCCAUCUCAGGAAACUUGGCCAGGUGUUUCUUCAAAUGAUGAGUUCAAGAACUACAACUUUCCAAAAUACAAACCACAACCUCUAAUUAACCAUGCACCCAGGUUAGACUCUGAAGGAAUUGAGUUGAUAACAAAAUUUCUUCAGUAUGAAUCUAAGAAAAGGGUUUCAGCAGAAGAGGCUAUGAAACAUGUGUACUUUCGAAGCCUGGGACCAAGAAUACAUGCUCUACCUGAAAGUGUAUCAAUAUUCAGUUUGAAAGAGAUUCAGUUGCAAAAGGACCCGGGUUUUCGAAACUCUUCUUAUCCAGAGACAGCUCAGUAAUCUUCAGAGAGAAAUCUGACUCAGUCAAGUCAGGGAUCCUGAAAGCGGCAGAUGGCACAAAGACCUUUUACAAGUGGCCUGGCUUGAUCACUGCACACACCAUCUUUGGUACCUGAGGCAGAAGACACAGCUCGUACUUCCCUAGUCAUCAGGUUCAUCACUCCGAAGCAUAGAAGCUGUAGACUGACCCCAUCAACAAAAGGGUCAUUUAAGACAGUGCUGAUCACUUACCGUGGUGGGAACAUUAGCUUCCUAGAGUCACCAAAUACUGUAUGUGGGAUAAAACUGAACCUUGAAAUGCCUCAUAAGAUGACUUUAUAUUUUAGGACAUGGGAAGAACAGAAGACAGAGCAUGCUCUUUUAAGUCUGAUAACAUGGUUUCAAGCCCAGCCCCCAGCCUUUCUUAUCAAUCAAGGACUCAGAUUGAAGGCAAUUAUUUCUUUUGAUGGACUUGGAAUCUCCGUUUGUCUACACUGUCCUCUUCACAGUGGAGUCUUUUUAUUUCAGACCUACAGAUUGUUUUUAUAUUUGUUGUCACAGUGUGACAAAUUUUUUUGUACAGUUGGUUUUAAGGUCUUUUCUGCCAUUAGAGCCAGUAGGUUACAACUGUUGAUGUAACUGUAGCUGCAAUUUUUGUGCAGGACUGAGAAACACAGCGCAUUAUUUAUUGCGGAAUCAUUGCUGCUAAAUAACUACUGUCUGUUUAUUUAACACAACAGUUGAAUGCCUGAAGAUGUUGCAGUGGCUUUAUUAUAUGUGAAUGCAUCUGUUUGCUCCUCUCAAAUUGUUUUACUGCUGCAUUGUUGUUUGUUUUUAAAAUUAAACUGCAAUGUUUCCUGGAAUGUAAAUUUAGCUUUGCUUAACAGUAAAAAAGUGAGCCAUCUUGAACACUCUACAUUACUGCUAUAUAAUUUUUUAUUGAACAAUGGCAAGUAGAAUAGCUAUGAAAUUGAUAAGCACAUUAUGUUUAGGAAAGCAUGGGAUGCAGAAGUUGAUUCAAGCAAGUGAAUACCUGCUAUUUGGAGAAUCUCACAUUAGAUACCAGUAAAUUAAAGCACCAAAAUUAUUUAUUUUUAACCUUUCCUCAUUUUAGAAAUAUUUACUGUGUAUUGUUGAAUAUUUGUGUACUAAUGCACUUACCUAUUUUACAUUGUGCUUUGAUUUAGUUAAAACUAAAUCAUAACAAGUUCAAACCUGAAAAGUCCUGUUUUCAUUUGUUUCAAAUGCCAUUCUUUUAAUAGAAGAAUGAUACUUCAAUGGGGAGCAGUUUAUUUCAUUUGGGGGCUGUGUCUGUAUGUAUGUUUUAAUAAUAUUCACUUGGAAUCAGCUGAAAGCUGUAAUAUGUCUUUGAAAUGAGCCAUGAUAAAUAUAAAUGAGAAAUAAGAACUUAGAUGACUGUUUUAAAACUUUGUAUAGGUAUUACCUGUUUACCAGAGACAAUAAAUAUUACAGUUUUAAUUAUGCAUCUAUUGAACAUCAUAAACACAUCUUGGUGUUAGUAACAAUGUCUUAAGCAUUUGUGUUCACUUUUAAGGACUAUUUGUUUAGUGCAUCUUACAAACUACAAACCUUAAUUGGUAUAUUUUGAAAUGGUCAUGUAAAAUUUUUGACAUAUAUAUCAUGGAAAUAGUCAUAACUUAAUUUUUUUCCUGACAUUCACUGUAAAACAUUCAGGGGUCCUACCAUUUCUGUUCAGGAAAUCUUGUAGUUUAUUGUUAUUUAACAGUAUUAAGUGAAUUUUUGUAUAUUACCUUUUAACUUUAUUUGUGAAUAGUGAUUGUGGCAUGUUUGGGGUGUUACUUUAAUAUUUCAUGAUACUGAAAUUUUAAUUUUUUUUAAAAAAUUUCUGGAAGAAACAAGAUUCAUGUGUAAUGGUGAAUAUUGGACCACUACUGCUUUUCACAUUUGUAAAUUGGUUUUAUGUUAAACCCUGUAGCCUAACAAACUGCUGUUAUUUCUAACUGACAGACAUGUAUUAAUAUUGUACUUUGAAGGUUAUAAAUAUUAUGUGGAAAUCCCUCCAUUUUGUUUUGAAAUUUAUAAUAACAAAAUCUUCAUGUUGUUAAAAUGUGGUUUUGUUG